AUGUCGUCGUUAGAGCAGUUGCGUUUAUACGUCACGGACGAGUCCUCGAACUCGCAAAAUCAGUCCGAACACACCUGCCGUUUAUUCGUGACGCACUCCAAUUUACACGAGAUGCAGUUUUUGGAGAUUCGUUUUGACUUGAGAUGGACGAUUGGAACGGUGAAGGAAAAGUUAAUGACGCACUGCGGCACGAACGCGAGCGCGAUGCGGUUACAGUUGUUUGACGAUUCUACUAAUAACAAUUAUAAUACUCGUUUUAAUAGUGAUAAUAGCGUCGAUGACGGCAGAAGAAGUCAACAACAACAAUUUCAAAACAGCGGGGGCAAUUUCAAAAGUCAACAAGAGCACUCAAACAACAGAACGACAGAACUUUCAAACGACGAGGCAAAACUCGGGUAUUAUUCUCCAUCGGACGGGAUGCGAUUACACGUGAUUGAUACGGAUCCGACGAGUUUAAGCGCGAACGGAUGGUUAGAAGACCUUUCUAAAGUUGAAAAGUACGUCAUGAGCGACGAAGCGUACGAGAAGAGGGAAGGUACCUAUCGCCAGUGGGCGAGAAAGAAGAGAGAGGAAGAUCCGACGUGGACGUUACAAAAAGAACAACAGAAGCUGAGAAACCAAAGAAAGAACGGGAAUAAUAAUAAUAACAGUAACGAAUACGACAUCGACGACGCUAUCGCAGCAGCGAAAGAGAAGAUGUUAACGACGUACGCCUCGUUCGAGUGCGUUCGCCACGUCGUUUCGGGAUCCAGGUGCGAAGUCAAUCCGGGAGGGAAACGAGGCGUCGUGUGCUUCGUCGGUAAAGUGAAGGAUACCGCCCAAACCGGAGAAGGAGAAGAAGAAGAAGGAAAAGCAGAAGAAGUAGAAGUAGACUUAGGAAAAGACGACGUCGUCGACAUGCCUCCGUCCCUUCCGUGUGGGUACUGGGUUGGCGUGAAGUUUGACGAACCGGUUGGUAAAAACGACGGGAAAACGCCGUGCGGUAAAAUUUUGAUUCCCGAGUGUCCGCCCAUGCACGGGUCGUUUUGUCGACCGGAUAGAGUAAUAUGCGGUGACGAGUUCACUGAGAUUGACGAAUUCGCGUCUUCGUCGGAGGAUGAAGAAAUAUAA